UUCAGCAACAACAAGAUCCUGGUGGAGCUGGACGAGAGCAAAGGUGUUGCCACCAUGAAGUUCAAGAGCCCCCCAGUCAACAGCCUCAGCCUGGACUUCCUCACAGAGUUUUGCAUAAGCCUGGAGAAGCUGGAGAACAACCGGGCCUGCCGGGGUGUGAUCUUGACAUCUGAUAUUCCCAAGAUCUUCUCAUCCGGCCUGGACAUCACAGAGAUGUGUGGGAAGAGCACAGAGCACUAUGCAGAGUUCUGGAGAGCUGUGCAGGAGAUGUGGCUCCGGCUGUACAGCUCCAACAUGGUGACAGUCGCUGCAGUCAAUGGGUCCAGCCCAGCAGGAGGUUGUCUCAUGGCCCUGUCGUGUGACUACAGGAUCAUGGUGGAGAACCCCAAGUUCAGCAUCGGCCUGAAUGAAGCCCAGCUGGGCAUUGUGGCUCCCUUCUGGUUUAAGGACACAUUUGUGAAUGUUGUGGGACACCGAGUUGCUGAGCUCUCCCUGCAGUUGGGGUCCCUCUACCCUGCACCCCAGGCCCACAGGAUAGGGCUGGUGGAUGAGCUGGUGCCAGAGGAGAAGCUCCAGGAGAAGGUUGCAGCUGUUAUGGCUCAGUGGCUGGCCCUUCCUGACCAUGCCCGCCAGCUCACCAAGUCCAUGAUGAGGAAGGCAGUGCUGGACCGCCUGGUAGCUCACCGGGAGGAAGAUAUUAAGAACUUCAUCACCUUCAUCUCCAAAGAGUCCAUCCAGAAGUCCCUUCGCAUGUACAUGGAGAUGCUGAAGAAGAGGAAGGGCUGA